AUGAGCAGCGGUAGGCGCGACAUCAUCUUCUUCGGCUCCAUCGCCGUCAGCAUCAUCGGCCAUGAGGUGCAUGAUGGAGCCGUGGCGGCGCAGCUGGAGCGACAGAAUGCCCGUAUCAAGCUGAGCACCACCGCCAAAGCUCCGUACGUGAAGACGGAGGAGGUUUUCGGUCUAGACGCUACCUCGCCCCUCUACGAAAUCCAUUCCGCCGACUUCAAGGCCAGUCCGGCCAGCUCGCUCACCCCUCAGCGCGGCGCCUCUCAUCCGCGGCACCACCGCCAGAAGGCUGCCUUCCUCCCUGUCAUGCUGAAGCUGUCCCAGGACGCGGCGGUGGAGGAGGUGCCCUCGAUCGAGGACCAGGAUGGUGCACUUCUGCAUCUAGACUCGCCGACGAACAACGCCGAUCCGGCGCCGAGCUACGCCUCGGCCUCGGUACGCAUCGAGGUCGGCAUGUCGCGCAGCGGCGGUGACGCAACGCCGGUGGGGACGAAGGACGUCUUUCUGCCCUCGCUCAACUACCUUUCAAUCCGUGACACGUGUACAGUUGUGCGCAUCCCGGUAUGGUCCGACACGAUCCAGAAGUCGGAGACGGGCGAGGUGGACGUGGCGGAGCUGGACCGUCGGUCUCCGCAGCCGCAAAGAGCCGGCGACGGUAACAGCAGUAGCAGCGGCGGUGUGCUCGCAGGCGUGAGGGACCGCAACAGCAGAGGGGAUGCAGUGAGUGGCGUGGCGCUCAGCGUGUACGCAAUGAUUCGUGUCAUCAGUCUCGCGGAGAAGGUGCGCCUUGCCUUGGAGGCCGACGAUGCCGUGCGUUGCCUCUUGGGCCUGCCAGACCCGGUGCCGAAGGUGAGUCUCGCCCUCACCCAGAGAGGCGAUGCCCCGUACGGUGCCAUGCCCCUCACAGAGCUCUAUAAGCACCACCAGCAGUUUUUCGGCUAUUACAGCAACACCACCAUCAAGCACAGCAACGUGGUGACGCAGCGACUCGCCGAGGCGCCGCGUCAGCGCGAGGCCGAAGCGUCGUUCCCCCAUCGCUGGAACACGCUCACGGUUGUGGACCUGCGACCAGCGCUCCUCGGCGAGGACGCGUUUGCGCCUCUUCUGGUCACCUUGGCCUACUGUGCCAGCCUCCGCGCCCUGUACGCCGACGGCAACCACCUCGGCGACCUCACCUGCGCCCGCCUCUCCGCCCUCUUCCGACGCCACCGCUACCUCGCCUGCGUAUCACUCUCCAAGAACAUCAUUCACGAGGCUGGUGGCGAGCAGCUCUUGCGGCUGGUGCGCAACAACCUGCGUAUCACGUCCAUGCCGUGCCAGGGGAACUACUUCUCCGAUGCGUUGCGCAGCCGCAUCGAGGAGGUUGCCAGGAGAAACACCAGCGCCAUUGCGCAGGAUCCGCUGAACAUCUUCUCCGCAAGCUACGACUAUCUCACCGACCUCUCGAGCCUGCCCGACUCUCUGCAGCAGCAGGGCCUGCGGACGUGGGCAAUGCUCUCGGCAGCGCCGGUGGGUGACGUCGACGUGAUGGUGCGCAACUUUACCACGAGCACGCAACGCACCUUGGGCGACUCGCCAGUCGUCGCGAUGCAGCGGGCGAAGGCGGCGUUGCGCGAACGCGAGUCCUUUUCUUUGAUACCGCCGGCGGCGCUGGCGCCAUUCUUGAACGAGAUUAUGCGCACGGUGUCGGUCGGGGUAUCCCGCGUGCUGCCCGACCCUCUUGUGCGCUCGCUCUUCUCGGACAUGGAGACAGUGAUGGCACGGGAGCAGGAACAGGUCGAGGCUCAGCGUCGUGACGAGCUCGCCGGCAGCAGCCGCGACGCGUUGCUCCUGCCGCCCGAGGUGUGCGAUGCCUUGGGUGGCGCGCACACCCCACCCGUCGACUCAGAGACGUUGUACGCUCGCUCCUUCGUGCGCAUCGUCGUGGCGGCACUUCGAGGCGUGGCAUUGGGCACGCCGUGGGCGGAAAUCGCCAAAGUACUUGAGGGCAUUGGCCGCGUGCAUCGCGACCUCGGAGUGAUGCCAGAGGACUACUGGCUCGCAGUGCACAUCUUCAUGACCUCGUUACGCGUCAGCUGUGGUGCGGAGUGCUACGAUGCCGACAACGCAUCCUCUUUCCUCGGCCUGCUGGCUCUGGCGGUGCGGACGGCGGCGGGCACCGACACAGUGCUGCAGUGA